CAACAGCCUGUCAACACUUCAGGUUAUGGAGUAACAGUGCUUACGGCAAAGCAGGGCUGUGUGGUUAACAGAGGGAGCGCUGCCCUCUGGCUAAAGACCUGGCCUCUCGUCCCAGCUCUACCACCGACAAGCUGUGUGGUGCUGGGCGAGUCCCCUUCUCUCUGGACUCAUCUUAAUCUGUGAGGGGAGGGCACGAUUCUCUCAGAGCUUGUAGGAUUCUGUGCUCUCGUGGCUGUGUGGAGUGGGUGAAGUGGUAGGGGGAAGAGAAGAUGCUCGUACAGAGGCACACAGCAGGCUUUUAGGCAAUGUGGUUCUCAUCUGGGGGCAAUUUUGCCCCCCAGGAGACGUGUCAAUAUCUGGACACACUUUUUUUUUUAAGAAUUUAUUAUUUAUCUAUUUAUCUAUCUAUUUAUUUAUUUAUUGGCUGCGUUGGGUCUUCGUUGCUGUGCGCGGGCUUUCUCUAGUUGCGGCGAGCGGGGGUUACUCUUUGUUGCGGUGCACGGGCUUCUCAUUGCAGUGGCUUGUCUUUGUUGUGGAACACGGGCUCUAGGUGCGCGGGCUUCAGUAGUUGUGGCUUGUGGGCUCUAGAACGCAGGCUCAGUAGUUGUGGUGCACGGGCUUAGUUGCUCCGCGGCGUGUGGGAUCUUCCGGACCAGGGCUGGAACCCAUGUCCCCUGCAUUGGCAGGCGGAUUCUUAACCACUGCGCCACUAGGGAAGCCCUGGAGACACUUUUUGUUGCCACAACUGGAUGGAGCUCCUGGCAUCUAGUGGAUAGAGGCCAGGGAUGCUACUAAAGAUCCUACAAUGCACAGGCAGCUCCCUACAACAAAGAAUUAUCCGGCCCCAAAUGUCAGUAGUGCCAAUGCGGAGAGAAAGCCUGCUCUAAGGGGGUCAGAUUCCAUCUUUUGCUUCUCUCCUUUGCAAUGGCCUUUGCAAUUCCAGGUAACCUCAUAUUUGGUUCCUUUCUGGAUCAACCCUCUUGCUAUUGAAGAAACAGGAGUUUAAUUCGCUAAAUUGUGCUGAAGUUAUUGGCUGAUCUUCAAAUAAACAGUGGUGACCUAACUAGUGUAUGAGGGUUCAUUUAGAGAAGCAGAACCACUAGGAGUAUAUAGUCUGCCAGUCUGUCUACCUAUCUUAUCUAUAUGUGGGAUUCAUUACAGGGCUUUGACCUUGCUCAAGUAUGGCAGCUGGUACAGUCUCUGGAAGGUUGUCCUCAUGUCUGGUGGUAGAGCUAGAAAUCCGUGGGGAAGGGAAGAUGGAUAAAAAAUGAGGGGAGGGGGAGCAAGGAUGAGCUGGAGCCCAUGAGGAUGCACUGGAACCCCUGCCAGUUCUCACCGCCUCCAACCUGAGGAAGUGGAUGACCUGCAGGGGAAGCUCACUGGCGGCCUUUGUCACACAGCUGAACACACACCUGGCCCAGGAGUGUGAGAAGCUACAGGAGGAUCCCAGGGAAGGUAUAGCAGUUGCGGGCCCGACUGCUGCCCCAUAGCCACAGCGCCGCCCACAGACAGCGAAAGUGCCCGCCCAGCCUCGCAAGCACAAAUGGCUGCUGCACUUCCACCUCCAGAUCCUGCACGGAAACCUCUCCUGUGGUGGCACACCCUAACGGGAAACAGACGGGGAAGGGAAUGCUGGAAAAUGUAGUUCAGCCUAGCCAACUCGAUGUGUUACAAAGCCACAAGCAGCAGAUCCCCAUUUUUGAGAAUGCGUAAGUAAAGGAUGGGUCUAGAAUCCACGCUUAUACAAGUUAACGUGUGCUGCGUUGUCAUGCUGGGCUGGAAGGUUUUGAGCGUCUCUUUCCUUCGGAUCAGGAAACAUCACUUGCAACAUUGAGAUGGCCUACCCACUGUUACGGUCUAAGGAAGGGUUUCUUAGACUUGAAAACUUGUCUGCUCUUCACUUCAGGUGCUGGAGACUUUGCUUGUAAAGAGAUUGAGAGAGUGACCUAACAGCCCUCCUACAAAAGGGAUUAGAGAAGCCAGAUGCUAAAGGUCACGUUUUGUAUGAUUCCAUUCAUGUGAAAUAGCCAGAAAAGGUCUGGAAAACCUCUAAGUGGGGCUGGCCCCUUUAAGGCUCCAAGACUGAAGUAAUCCGGUAGCUAAGGAGUCAUAAUGACAGUCUUCUUGGGUGAUUCUCCCUGAAAAUGUAGUUCUUACCCUCCAGGACCAGAACCACUAAGGAGCAGAGCCAUCUUCUCCGUUUGGUUGGAGAUGCUGGUUUGGAGAUGGACAUGCUAGAGGACCUUGAGACACUGCAGUUUGAGUAUGGGAUUCAAGAGGAAGACCACAGCUGGCUGUAUUUGCUGGGCCGUUCUCAUGGGCUGACGACCAAGGCCUGUGCCCACGCAACCUUCUUCUGCAAGCUACUCCAUAAUUUGAGAGAAUCAUUCUCCAGAAAAUCAUUACAGGAGAAGCAAACUUCUAGAUGUCCCUUGACUGGACUGCGUGAAGACACUCCUGAUGACGAUGAGUUAAAGGUGGGCAUCAUUGGAGGCGGCCACCUUGGGAAGCAGCUGGCUCAUACACUGCUUCAGCUUGUCCCCAUCCCAGCUGACAGCCUGAGGAUCUCCACUCGGAGGCCAGAGGCCCUGGAUGAAUUCAAGAAACUGGGAAUCCAGUGCUUUUACCAUAACUCUUCUCUGGUGGAGUGGGCCAACGUGAUAUUCCUCUGCUGUCUGCCAUCUCAGCUGUCUAAUAUCUGUGUAGAAAUUCAAACCAGCCUUGGAAAAGCCUGCAUUGUGUACAGCUUUGUAGCUGCCGUCCCACUACCCAGGUUGAAACUCCUACUGAACCACACCAAUGUCUUGCGGCCUCAGUAUCAGUGUGUUGAAGAUCUUGCCAGCAUCUGGGGGACCAAUAAGGAAAUCACAGCUGCUCUCCAAGACCCUGUGGUUCUUCAGGCUACCUGUCCCUACAGUCCUGCUGGGGGAAUAAUCCUCAAUAUCAAGUGGUUGGAGGGAGUGUUCUAUGCAGCCAUAAAUGUCUGCACAGCAAAGGACAUGCCCCACUCACAAGUGCUGCAGCUUCUGAAUGAACUGUUCCUCUCCAAGCACUUUGAAGCCUGUGAGAAGGACAGAGUGUCUUUCCAAAAAUUUCAAGCACAAGAUUUUGUCAGCAAAGCCUAUGCCAAGAACCUGUCUCGGAAAAGGCCUUUCCCCUGGUUUGAUCUGACUGCUGUGCAACUCAAGGAAACUCCCUUUAGCCAGUAUCUCUCACACAGCACUACUUUUCAGGACAACCUUACCCAUCUAUACUGUGAUUCAUUUGGCAUCACCCUAACCAAAGAACAAGAGCCAGAGGUUUCCACGGGUUCUUCAUCCCAAUAAGAGAAGAGACCUCAGGAAUCAGGAAUUUUUUCUCCCUCUACAGUGGUAGUGCCCUGAUGAUCAUAAUUGACAGUGGAAGUCAUGUGACUGUAUGGUGCUUGCCAUAUGCUAGGCAGUAAGGAAUUAGAAAAUUGUACUGAUGGCCCUUUAAAAACUAGAAUAAAACAAGAGGUUCUUUACAUCAGUAUAUUUGGGUGUGUCUGGCUUUUGGAAGCAACUGAAUGAAACCACAUAACCUGACACACUUAAGUAAGCUGCUUCCCCAGCAGCUAAUUAUCAAUUCAGUUAAUUCAAAUUAUCUCUUGUCUAAAAGCUAAAUUCAAGAAGUUAUACUGUCAUUAUUAAAUGGUUACAUACUUCUUCUGUAGCAUUCUUUUCCUACAAUAUGUAGCUACAGUAUGUAGUUACAUUCUUUCCCUGUAGCAGUAUGUAGCUGACAAAUGAUACACCUUGAUUGUCCCACACUUUGAGUAGAAAAAUAAAAUGUGUGGUAAACAAUCUUAAUUGAAUUAUGACUCAUUUUAGGCUUAUUUCAGCUAAACAUGACUGUUCUGGUACUAUCUUAUUUAAAGCUGUUCCCCUUUAAACUAUUUUAAACCAUAAAACCAUUUUUAAAAAUAGCUGGCAUUACAACUACUGAAGACUGCAUGCCCUGGAGCCUGCGUGCCCUGGGCCCACACGCCGCAACUACUGAAGCCCGCGCACCCUAGAGCCCACGUGCCACAAAUCCUGAGCCCGUGUGCUGCAACUACUGAAGCCUGCAUGCCUAGAGCCCAUGCUCUGCAAGAAGAGAAGCCACCGCAAUGAGAA